AUGCUCCCUAAAAUACCGGUAUCGGAAGGGACAGCACCAGUGAAGAGAGCAGUCCGAAAACUUCCCGCACCUCCUUCCGAAUCAUGUUCAGUGAACAUACGGAAACUUCCUGUUCCACCACCAUCUGGAAGUCGGACACUUCCCGCACCGCCUCUACCACCAACAACAAAGCCAGAAAUUCGCCGGCUGCCUACCCCUCCACUCACACAAACACAGGAAAGGAUGGCACAGAAACAGCCCGUUCGCUUGCUGUCAUUUCCAACUACGUCACCAAUGGCAUGCAGUACACCCAUGUUGAUGCAGAGGAUGUGUUCACGGUCAACUGCUGGCGGACAUGCGGACGAGACGCUGUUGUCGCCCCUCAUUGAUUGGGAUGUUGUGAUGGAUGAGAUCAUAUACCGGCGUUCGAACGCGAGUUCAACAGUACCGGAAGCCAUGAAACCACGACGAGCUGCUCAACAACUUCAAUCCCCCACUCUCGAAGCAGAGGUAACUAUGUGGUUACUAGGCGACUGGAUUCAUCAACGACUCGAAGGCGUCCUCGUCCAGCCCGUGGCUCAUGUCUUAUUUUGGAUCGGUAAACAGAUGCAACGUCAUCUUGCUCUUAAUUCGACUUUGUACAAUCUUCUCCCUUCUUCCUCCGCUGCAAAUAUGCAGAACAAUCAUGAGGUUCUAUUUGAAUGGCCUGAUGCUGAGCCAGCAACAGUUGUAGUCACCGGCACUUUUGACCAGUGGUCCUCAUCUAUUCAUCUCACCAAGGGCAGUAAUGGAUUCAAAGGUAGCACACAGAUCCCAUGGAACGAAAAAAUCGCGUACAAAUUCAUCGUCGACGGCCAAUGGUCGAUCGCCCCUAGUCAACCUACUGAGACGGAUCCAUCUGGAAACGUCAACAACAUAUACAUCGCUCCUUCGAAACCUUCACUCCCUACCAUGGACUCGACGUCACCAGCAACUUUGGAACCUAUCGUCAAGGCCACAGAAAAGCCUGCAGCAAACGGUGAUGCUUUUGCUUCUGAUAAGCAUGAAACAGAACAAGUCACAAGCGAAGGCGUUUCUCAAGCUGUUUCAGAUCUGGCAAUCGCUCCUAAACAAAGUGUUGUCGGCGGAGACGAGGGAAAGCCUGAAGAUACAACUACCGAAGCCCCUGCACCCGAACCCGUUUCCAAAGCUGUAUCAGAGCCAACGACAGAACCUGCUGCCGCUGAGCCCACUCCAGUCAUACCAGAGACGCCAGCGACUUUGUCAGAGCCAACGACAGAGCCUGCCUCAAAGUUGGCCCCACCGCCUUUUAUUGAACCAGCGUUGUCAGCUCCUACAGUUGUAGAGACUGUACCAGCCGAAGAACAUGCAGAACUCCCUCCCAAAGCCACUUCGGAGCCUAUCUUAGAGGCAAAGUCCGUCUCAGAGCCUACCUCGACGGUCCUCGCGGGUGCCCCCAUCGUCCCUAUUGCUAUCGUACCAGUCAAUGCAGCAGAAAACAACGAGUCACCGCCUCCGUCAGUAGGAACGAAAAAAGAGGCCUCAACCCACAGCCCUUUCUCGUUCACUCCCACCCCGGCUCCCCCUGUGCCAGUCGAACCUGCAGUAGUUGCCGGUGCAAUACCAUCUGCGUCAGUACAACCUCCCACAGCAGUUCCAGAGUCCACACCCGCGCCUGCUGAGGCUGUUGCAGCAACUGAACCGGUACCGGAGCCUGUGGCGCCGGCUUCCUCUGAUGUCAUUCAGGACCUGAAAUCUACUUCCCAGACAAAUUAUGACGUAUCGGAGAAGCCGACCAACGGUCCCGCACCUCAGGAAGAUAAGGCGUCGCCUCAGCCCGAACCCGUAAAGCCUCUUCCAAGCCCACCUUCCACGCCCAAAAAGAAAGAGGCGUUCCCUUUGACAGAAUCUCCUUCCAGCUCCCCUUCCUCACCCUCCAAGUUCGGCACUCCUGGUCCUGCUCGUAAGAAGCGGAACUCCAUUUUUGGCAAGAUAAAUAUCAAGCACUUGUUCAGUCCCGGAAAAGAUAAAGACAAGGAGAAGAAAUGA